AUGGAGGAGAAUCUUCCUCCAGGGUUCAGAUUUCAUCCAACUGAUGAAGAACUCAUUACUUAUUAUCUCACUCAUAAGGUUUCUGAUUUUACUUUCACGUCAAGAGCUAUUGUAGAUGUUGAUCUCAAUAAGUGUGAGCCUUGGGACCUCCCAGCAAAAGCUUCCAUGGGAGAGAAAGAAUGGUAUUUCUUCAACUUGAGGGAUCGAAAAUACCCAACUGGCAUGCGAACCAAUCGAGCCACAGAAGCAGGCUAUUGGAAAACAACAGGCAAUGACAAGGAGAUCUUUCGUGCUGCAGUCCUCGUCGGAAUGAAGAAAACCCUAGUUUUCUACAGAGGUAGAGCUCCCAAGGGUGAAAAAACCAACUGGGUUAUGCAUGAAUAUAGGCUAGAAAGCAAGCAGUCUUUCAAACCUUCAAAGGAGGAAUGGGUGGUUUGUAGGGUCUUUCAUAAGAUCUCAUCAGUAAAGAAACCACAGCAAAGACAAUCCUCACAGCCAUCAGCACUAGACUCUCCUAAUUGUGAUACUAACACAAUUGCAAACGAGUUUGGGGAAAUUGAGCUACUGAAUUCAAAUGGUAUUGCAAAUUCAUCAAGCGCGAUAAGUGAUAUUUCAAUACAAAAUUUCAAUGGCGAUAACAAUGUCAACAUGAGCAUAGACAUGAACGCGAAUUGGACUGCAGCAAGAGAAGCAGCAAGUCUAAUUCCAUCACUCCAAUGGCCUAGUUCUACCUUGCUAAGCUCAAAUCUUUCAAUGAAUUCUUUGCUUCUUCGAGCGUUACAGCUCAGGAAUGGUACUUAUAAUCAACCAAGAGAAGCUACAACUACUGAUUACUCAAUAAUGCCACAAGGCAUCUCUCAUUUUGGGGCUGAUUUUAGUUCGAAUUUCCUGGCCGCGUCGUCCUCUAAGGACUUAGAUUCUGUGCAGCAACCGCGACAGGAACAAUCAUUCAAUUUGGACUCCAUUUGGUGAAGCUUUCAGAAGUGUCACAACUAACCGAUUGUAAACUUCUUUUAUGGUACAAUUGGGUGAACAUUAAGGGAUUCAAAACCAUCACUUAAUGUUGGGAACUUGGGACCUCUUACAUUAUAAUGUUAAUUCUGUCUGUCUAGUUAGAUGUAAACA